GGCGGGUAUGUGUGUUAAAAAAAAAAAAAAAAGGAGGGGUGGAAACCCCACCAGACCAGCCCGGGCUGCAGAAAAACAUAAAUGAAGUCUGCCUAUCUCGGUCGAGUCCCUCCCCUCGGCCCCGCCAGACCCGAGUGACACAGGUGCCGCUUCCUCCCGCUGCAGAGCGUCGGGAGGGCCCGCGCGACCCUUGCCACUCCGAGGGAGCCCCCCUGGCGUCCUCCCGGGCCGGCGCCCGGCACCGUCUGCGAUGAGCGGUUCCAGCGGCACCCCACCGCCGCCCGGACGAGAGCUCGACCCAGGGAAUGAUUCCACCAAGACAGACAUCGCCAUCAUUGCAGGUGUGAUUGCUGCUGUGGCCUUCGUUCUUAUCUGCCUCCUCCUCAUCAUGCUGCACUACAUGUACAGGCACAAGGGCACAUACCACACCAAUGAGGCCAAGGGCACAGAGUUCGCUGAGAGCGCCGACGCAGCUCUGCAGAGUGACCCUUCUCUCCAGGAUGCCGGGGACAACAGCAGGAAAGAGUACUUCAUCUGAGGGAUGCCCGGCCUCAGCUCCCCAACACGUCCUCCUACUCUAAGAGAGAAAAUGUACCCAAGCACUCCACCCCACUACCUGCACCACCAGGCGAACCUUGAGAGCACUUACCUGGUUCCGAGUCUUCACCCUGCCUGUGUGCCGACCCAGGGAGGAGGGAGGAAAAGAGGAGGACUCACAUACAUCCUCUCCCAGGGCCCCCGGGGUGAAGUGACCACCUCAGAGGCCUUUUCUUUGCCAGGAAGAGAGAGAGGAUUUGGCUCUCCCAGGGCAGUGCAUUGGCAAGCAGCAUGGUGUGACCGGCUUGCAGAGAGUGAGCAGGGCAAUGGGCCUGGAGCACCUGGGAAGCAAGACAGGGAGUCAUCAGUACGUUGAUUGGGGAUAAGGGCAUCAAAUGUCAGCCCUUGACAUUUGGGGGGAAACAGCAGGUGCUGAAGCUAAAAAGGCACUCUUGUUUCCCAUUGAUCCAGCUCAAAACAAUUGAAAAUAAAUUUGAAAUGUAACCAAGCA